AUGCCUCCCCAAGACGCCGUACCCUUCAAGAUCGCAGUCCCAGACGGGAAAAUCCAACUCCUCCGUCAGAAGCUCGACUUGGUCAACUUCCCCGACGAGCUCGAUGAUUCGGGCUUGAAGUACGGCGCGCCGCUAGCUGAUAUCCGCCGUCUCGUCGCUCGGUGGAAGGAGGGCUAUGAUUGGCGGACUCACGAGGCCGCUCUGAAUGCUGAACUGCCCCAGUUCACGCUUGAUAUCCCUGUUGAAGGGUUUGGAACGCUUAAUAUUCAUUUUGUGCAUCAGAGGAGCAAGGUGGGGGGUGCGAUUCCCUUGUUGUUCGUUCAUGGGUGGCCAGGAAGUUUCAUUGAAGUGCAGAAGCUACUUCCGCUCUUGACUGAGCCCUCCUCUGCUGAACAUCCGAGUUUUCAUGUAGUGGCUCUCAGUCUGCCUGGGUAUGGGUUCUCGCAAGCGCCGACUAAGCAGGGAUUUGCAAGCGCACAGUACGCGGAGGUCGGGCAUAAGCUCAUGCUCGCUCUCGGAUACGAUGCCUACGUCAUGCAAGGAGGCGACUGGGGAGCACGCAUCACUCGUGUAAUAGCCGUCAAAUAUGGUGGAACCCACGCAAAGGCAUGGCAUACCAAUUUACCUCUCGGAGCCAAGCCCCCGAUAUCGCGUCCCUUACUCUGGCUCAAGGACCGCCUGAUGCCUUUGACUGCGGUUGAGAAAGAAGGCAUGCAGCGUUCCAAGGUGUUUGAUGCUACAGGUCGCGGAUACUUCCAGGAGCAGGCUACUCAGCCUCAGACUAUUGGGUAUUCGUUGGCUGAUUCUCCCGUCGGUCUUCUUGCUUGGAUUUAUGAGAAACUGGUCAACUGGACGGAUGGAUACCCAUGGGGAGACGAUGAAGUAUUAACCUGGGUAUCGAUAUACCUGUUCUCCCGCGCAGGCCCAACGGCAUCUGUGCGAAUCUACUACGAGACAAGGCAGGAAGACGCUGCCAACGCACCCAAGUCAAAGCCAUCGAGCUUUGCUUCCCCCAAGAUGCCCAUACCAAAGAUCAAACCAUCCACCAUCCCCAUGGGCGCUUCGUAUUUCGCGAAAGAAAUCCGGCGGACACCCAAGACGUGGACUCAAGCGAUAGGUAACCUCAAGUUCGUAUCCGAACACGCUCAUGGAGGUCACUUUGCGGCGCAUGAGAAGCCAUCGGAGUUGGCGGAUGAUUUGAGGAAGUUUUUUGGCAGAGGCGGGGCUGCAGCGGGGGUGGUUCCUGGGAAGAGUGGGUAUAACUGA